AGUCCCAACAGGUUCGAAUAAGAUCUUCCCAGGAUAUUAGCAUUGGUUUCCCUCCCCCUUACUUAUAUUCCCCUGCUUUAUCCUUGUGUAUUUGGAUUAUAACAUAAACUAACAUAGAUAUCACGGAAGAAUGCCUAAUCCAUUAACAUCUGGAGUUGUGGCCGUGGCAGCUGGAGUUACUGCAACUGUAGCCGCACCCUUUGUACUUAGUGCUGCAGGUUUUGGAGCAGCAGGAGUAGCGGCUGGUACUGUGGCUGCCUGGGUACAGACCCCGAUAACUGCAGCUGGUGGAUGGUUUGCUGUUUGCCAAAGUGCUGGUGUUUUAGGGAUGGCAGCCUCGACAAAAGUAGCGAUAGGAGCAACAGUAGGGACCGUAGCUGGUGCAGUCACAAAAUAUAUAAAAUAAAAGUCAGCGUUCAAUAGCGAAUUUCGAAAAAUGUGCUUAUUUUUUUUGAAACAUUAUAAUUACAACUUUGUGAAUAUGUUAUGAGAUUAUCAGUCAACUUAAUUUAUUUUCGGCCUACGCAUUUUCAAUAAAAUGUUAUUUAGA